CGCAUCACAGGCUUGACACUGGAGCUCACUGGACGUUACGUGCUUGCCUGCUUGCUUACCUGAAUACACACUACCACCGCCGUGCACAUCUGCGUACACACAUACUACUUAUAUAUACAUCUAUCAACAUACACGGCCGCGUCAUUCUACUCGUCUGUUGCGCGUCGUCAUCGUACACACGUAUCGCGAGCUGCACAACUCCAACCACGUCGUGACUAUGACUUCAACCUGCUGUUCCUCCAUAUUCCUAGUCCAAUAGCCACUUUCCCCUACAAUAGCAUGGCUUCGCUCCAGACUCUCCGUGUCGUGAACGGCGUGUCUAUAGGCCCGUUUACUAUUGGAGCCUCUAUCCACCACGUCCUCGGCCGCGUCAAGACUGACCCAGCUGCCUGGCCCAAGAUCCACGUCAAAUACUCAACCUCUGAGCCGCUGCUUCACCCUAUCGUUGUCGAGCUGCCCGCCAACGGUCUGCGCCUGAACUUCGAUCCAGCCGAGCAGCGGCUACGUUUCAUCGAGGUUCUAGACUUCAGUAAGGUCCGACUCCAGCAUGGCGAGCAUACGAUCAACAGGUUGCCUGCCGGUAAUGAUGAGAUUCGCGCCUUACCCACUGCCACCGCACAGGCCGGUCCCGACUUCAAACAUGUGUACAAGGAGUUUGGGCCCUCGAACCCGGGCGAGUACGUAGGCGACGACGGCAAGGCAGGCACGUAUUGUAUCUCCUUUAAGGAGGGCAUCGCAUUUCUGUUCCCCAUCACGGCGCCAGAGGGCUUCUCGAAGCUGGACUUUGUGCGCCAGGUCGCCGUGCUUGACUCGAGCGCGUGCGGUCCCGCUACGGCCAUGGUCGUCUUCCGCGGUCGGUCUUGGCCGCUCGCCCGCCGCGACAUCUACACGGCCGACCUGAGCGACCUGCCGCUGGCACCGGGUGCAACGGGUGGUAGGAGGGAGGGCAUGCCCGCCGAGACAGAGCUGGCGCGCGUGCGGGACCGCGGCCGUGUUGAGCUGCUUCGGCGAGACGUUCCCCCAUUCAUGAUUCGGCUCGGCGAGACAACCCAGCAGGACCUGCUGACCGAACUUGGUCCUCCAGACUCAAUGUUCAAGCAGGACCGAAGCAAGGCCGUCGGCGGCCGUAAGCGCAGGACCAGCAGCAUGAGCUCGCGCCGGUCCGGCCUACAGCUAGAUGGACACGACAGAACCGGUGGUUCCGGUCGCGCCCUGAGCGAGACGGACAGCUCCGAUGCGUGGAGCGAUGAGGACGAGGACGAGGACGAGACGGUCGUCAACGAGGCGGAAGAAGACGCAGACGUCGGCACGUGGUGGAACUACUACAGUCACGGCAUCGACGUCCUCAUCGCACAGGCUCACCAAGUGCCCGCGCGCUCGCCCACGGCGCCGCAGGACGACGAGAACGAUGUGGAAGAGCCUUACCGCAACGUGGCCAUUGCACGGAACCACCUUACCGUAACCAAGAUAUGCAUCCACGGCAACAUCCCCGGCUCGUGGCAGUUCAACCGGCACCGUCGGCUGCGCUGGACGUUGGAGUCGUGGCCGCUGCCGGAGCACGCGCAGGCGACGUUCGCGCCGGUUCCGGACGGGCCGCGCCCGCUCACGUCAGAGACCAAGUUCCGCGACAUCCAGUCGCACCUGCGCGCCGUCUUCGCCGACACCUACGCCUCGCCGCUCGAGGAGGCAGAGCAGCAGCAGCCUCAGGCCUUCAACCGCGACUGGGGCGAGAACGCUUGCUUGGGCAACAGCGUCGAGCUGCUCGGCGGCUUCGAGGACGGCGGGUCCCGCAAGCGCGGCGCUUCCGCGUACGGCGCCGAGUCCGAGUACGUCCGCUUGGGCGAGGUGCUCGUCUACGGCUUUCCCGGCCUGGCCUUUGAAGUGCUAAAGAACGGCUGCGUCGCUUGGUUGCAGGUCUGGUAGGAUAAGGAUGCGGGACACGGGCUUUGGCGCGUUGGUCACGGGCAGACUGUUUGAAUCGAUGCAUUCGCGUGGCGGCCUUGCUCUUAUUUUGUUUGAUUUUUUUUUAAUUUUUUUUUUCACUUUAGGGACGGCGUCCGUGGAUACGUGGGGACGAUUUAAGUUUUUAUCUUUUUUUUUUUUAUUUCUAUGAAGGUGGGGAGAGAGGGUUCCUUACUGCCCAUUUUCUUAUCCUCACGAUAUGCUGCACGCGGAUGACGUUCAAUUUUUUUUUCUUCUUGUGCGAGACUUUCACAUUCGACGUCUUGACUUUGCGAUGACUCACUAGAGAGCACUUGCCGACCUUCGUUGGGCUUAGAUGGGAGUACACCGAGACGACCUGCACAUACAGCAUGCAUUACUCGAGACCUAUCAUACCGUUCACACUUUUCUUUUGGAUGUCUCGUCUUGACCUGUUCAAACCCCUGUAUCACACUGCUGUUUCCAUGUACGUGGUAACAGCGUAGCGUGCGUAAGAUUACACAUUCGUUGACUGGCACUAGGCCGUCAGGAAGAAGAAGAAGAAGAAGUCUAUAUACAAAUGAUUUGUG